UUUCAAUCAAGUGGCAUCACCUCCAACAAAAGAAAAACAAAACAGAAAAAGUUGAGCUGCCGCAACGAGCGAAUUUAACUAAAGAAAUUUUUUAAAUUAUUACAAUUAUGUCGUUUUCCCGGCUUAAUACGCUGAUGAAACUGGCGCCCAAAUCCACUGCCAUUCGCGCCAUGCAGAUGCAGCCUAAAAGGAACUUGUCCGCCCAUGCGGCAACUGAACACUCGGGUCAAUUCAAGACCCUGGUUAUUAGUUCACCCAAACCGUUCGUCUUCCAUGUGGAACUCCAUCGCCCCAACCAGUUGAAUGCCAUCAACAGGCAGAUGUGGCUGGAAAUUAAGGAAUGCAUUGACGGACUGGCGGUCAACCCGGAUUGCCGUGCCAUAGUUUUGUCUGCCGCUGGAAAGCACUUCACCGCCGGCAUUGAUCUCAACGACAUGAUGAACCUGGGCUCUUCGCUCUCCGAAACCGAUGACUAUGCCCGCAAAGGAGUCAUUUUGGAACGCACAAUCAAGCUGUAUCAGGAUUCGAUCAGCAGCUUGGAACUCUGCCGAAAACCGGUGAUCAUGGCGGUCCACAAGGCUUGCAUUGGCGCCGGUGUGGACUUGAUCACCGCCGCCGACAUUCGCUACUGCACUGAGGAUGCCUUCUUCCAGGUGAAGGAGGUGGACAUCGGAAUGGCCGCCGAUGUGGGCACUCUGCAGCGUUUGCCGAAGGCGGUGGGCAGUCAGUCGCUCGCCCGGGAGCUUUGCUUCACGGGAAGACGCUUCGAGGCAGCAGAGGCACACUCUUCGGGACUCGUGAGUCGCCUCUUUCCCGACAAGGAGUCCCUGGUUAGCGGUGCUGUCGCUUUGGCCGAAGUUAUUGCCAGCAAAAGCCCGAUUGCCGUGCAGACAACCAAGGAGAGUUUGACCUACUCGCUCGAGCACACCAACCAGCAGGGAUUGGAUCACAUUCGCCUGAUUAAUAAACUCAAUCUGCAAUCGGAGGAUUUUGCCCAAGCGGUGGGCGCCCAGUUAACGAAGGACGAGAAGCCCGUCUUCGCCAAGCUCUGAUUUGUGAAAAAGAAGAAACAAACAGCGGGCGAAUCGAGUUGCAAAUGUAUUUGCCAUGUCUGCAUUCAUAAAUACACCAGCUGCCUUUACUUUAGUCUACAAA